AUAAAAUAAUUAAAAAAUCUUUAUUUGCCAUGAAUAUGGUUAUCAAUCAUAGAUUCCAUUUUUAAAUUUAUUUUUAAGAGAAUAGAAAAUUUUCAACUGCGCGAGGGGACUGGCAAAGAUAACAAUGAGGUCGAGGAUGGCGUAAAUCCAGAUGGCUCUGAUGCAUCACCAGAACCAUCUGGAUUAACGCCAUCUUCGUUCUUCGACCUCAUUGUCUUCUUUGCUUGUCCCAUCGCGUAGUUAGAAAUUUUUCUUCUCCUAAAACAAAUUUAAACAUGGAAACUGAUUCAGAUCUCGAUGAAACAAUGCUUUCCCAAAUAGAUUUUGACAAUCUGGAAGUUUUAGAUGAAGUAGGCGAGGGCGAUUCCAUUUUACAAUUAAUUAAAGAGAAAGAAGAUGUUGAAAAAGCAAGUGAAGGAGAGUCAAGCAAGAAUCAGAAAGAAAGUUUAGAUGUAAGAACGGAAACAGAAAAGGGGAAGGGAAGUGUUGAAAAAGUUGAAGAAGAAUGGGAGAGAACAGUAAAAUUUACAGAUGACAGAAAAGUUGUUAAGAACAAAGAAGGUGAAGAGAAAAGCAAAGAAGAAGUAGAAUUAUUUGAAAAGUUGCAAGCAUGUAAAAGAAAGAUAAUGGAUGAUUAUGAAGAAGAAAUUAAAAUUGCGAAGGAGCUAUUCAGGGUGCAAGAAAAGGGAAAAGAGGCGGCAAGAGCAGAAAAACUUCAAAAGCAGAAAGAAGAAGAAGAACGGAAGAAAAAAUUUAAGCCAGAAGAAAAGGCGCGCAUUGCGUAUCAAGAGGUUCUUCUCAUGCACCAACAAUCUGAACAUCUCGUCAUUGUCGCAAAUGAAGUCAGGGCUGCUGCUUCGGUAGCUUCAACAGCAGCGUUUAAUUACUUGGAAAAGUAAGUUCAAUUUAA